AUGUUGGUCCCUUCAGCUGAGGAAACCGAGGCCGGGUAUGAUGCCAACGCAACAGACUCUUCGUAUGCAACUGCGGAAGCCAGCUCAGGACGGUUUUGGAGACAGCAUGAGGCUCCACCUUUUCGAGUCACAACUGCGCCCCUGCCUGCUGGAGCUUGGUUGAACCCGGCGACAACUCCGGGGACGGUGCCAGGUCCCGUUAUCUACUCCAAUCAGGUCAAUAAUGGCGGCAACCAAUACAACGGAGAUGUUCGUAUUGACUAUGGCCCUCCAGAGACACUCAAAGGCAAUCGAAGUCUUGAUGCGGUAUCCAGCCCGAAUAAUGAGCUGGACAUACCAUCUCUUCCCAAGUUCGCCCUAGACGCAGAGGAUGCCACUUCGCGUGAUCGCGAAUUCGACUAUUCAGGCGAUACCCGUGUCGAAAAUGAGGGAAAGAGAAACACCCUGACGUCAGCACACAGCGACCUGAUAAGUCCAGCACGUUGGGAGCAGCUUGUCGCUGUGACAAACUCCAGCCUGGUCUUCUCGGGAAACAAGGUAUUCGGCUGGGAGCAACGCAUUUUCAGGGAUACGACGCAGAACGAGAACUGA